AUGAUCAUAGAUACGAAUAGUUUCGUAGAUUCAUUAGUACCCAACCCAAAUAUAAUACCAGUAUUAAUCGAUUACAAUAUUUCACAAAUCACACCCUAUGUUUUUGUUACUGCUGAAAAUACAGCUCGACAAUUUCCAAAGAUAUUUUCACGUGGUAUUACUUGUGUAAUUAACUUAGCACAAGAAUUACCACAAAUUGUAUUUCCACCUCAAUCUGGUAUCGAAUCAUUAAAAUAUCCUAUAAUAGAUAAUCCAGCAUUUCCUGCUUCUCAUUAUUUUGAUAUUGUUGCUGAUCGUAUAGCUGCUAAUGUUUCUUCAAAUCGACGUACACUUUUAUAUUGUCGUUAUGGUCGAUCACGUUCUAUAACAUUUAUUUUAGCUUACCUUAUAAAACAUCAUCGCUUACCAUUACAUGUAGCAUAUUCACUUGUGAAAUCUAAACGGCAUUUAGCUUUACCUAAUAUUGGUUUUUGGUCACAAUUAAAAUUAUAUGAAUUAUAUCAACGAAAUCAACCACAAUAUAUGCCACAAGUUUUAACAUAUGUUCAGAAUUUUCUAACAUAUGGUGGACAAAUAUUAAAUAAAAUAUCUAAUGGAUUUGAUCGACUAAUAGGUCAACUUCCGAUUGUUAAUAUAUUUGCCAAUGCUAUGUACCCAAUGAAUAAAAAUUUUCGCGUACAACCUUAUUAUUGUGCUAUACGACGAAAACCAUCAGUAUAUUCACGUCCAUACUAUAUUCGAUUACCACGAAGAAUCUAUCAUAGAUUUUAUUCUUAA